UAUGCGAUCUGCAAGCAUAUGCCAUAUGCUAUCUGCAAGCAUAUGCCAUAUGCGAUCUGCAAGCAUAUGCCAUAUGCGAUCUGCAAGCAUAUGCCAUAUGCGAUCUGCAAGCAUAUGCCAUAUGCGAUCUGCAAGCCUAUGCCGUCUGCAAGCAUAUGCGAUCUGCAAGCAUAUGCCGUAUGCGAUCUGCAAGCAUAUGCCAUAUGCGAUCUGCAAGCAUAUGCUCAUAUGCCACAUUCGAUGUGCAAGCAUAUGCGAUAUGCAAGCAUAUGCGAUCUGCAAGCAUAUGCAAUCUGCGAGCAUAUGCCACAUGCGAUCUGCAAGCAUAUGCCACAUUCGAUCAUAUGCGAUCUGCAAGCAUAUGCGAUCUGCAAGCAUAUGCCAGAUGCGAUCUGCAAGCAUAUGCCACAUUCGAUGUGCAAGCAUAUGCGAUAUGCAAGCAUAUGCGAUCUGCAAGCAUAUGCAAUCUGCAAGCAUAUGCCACAUUCGAUGUGCAAGCAUAUGCGAUAUGCAAGCCUAUGC